AGCUAACCUUCACCGCACUUGCAAGUAACAAUAGUCCCUGUGAUCCGCCCUCAACGCCGUUCCACUAGCUUCCAGUAGUUGACCGCUUUGUUGUUUCUUUGGCUCCUAGCUUUCCUUCUGUAACUAUACUAUUACGUGCUGCAGAGCGAGGUACAGUAAACAUUUUACGCGCGCCAAUAAGCUCUUGCUGGUUAGGAUAAUCCUUUUCUCGGGCGAGACCACCUCGGCCAAUAGGCUGUAGGCAGCGGCAGCCACAGCCGCGGCAGGUUCAGGAUGCCGCUUAUCUACAGCAGUGUGUCUCAGAGCUCGGUCACGGUUGCGGAGUAUGCUGCAUUCUCGGGCAACUUUGGAGCUGUCGCUAAGGACUACUUGGAAAAGGCCGGCAAAAAUGAGGGAAAGUUUACCUUCAACGUUGAUGGCCACACCUUCAACUUCUUGAACAGGGGCGGCUUCACGUACCUUGUGGUGGCGGAUGAGGCGUAUGGCCGAGCAAUCCCUUCGGCCUUCUUGGAUAAGAUGGCCAGCGAGUUCGGCAUGAAGUACGCUGACAAGGCUCAGGGGGCAAAGGAGGGGUCCCUCAACUCAUCCUUUGGAAAGCAACUAAAGCAGAUGAUGGAGCAUGCAACGCAGUACCCAGAGGAAUACUCCAAGGUGGCAUCUGUGCAGAAAAAGGUUGACGAGGUGAAGGGCAUCAUGACGGAGAACAUUGAGAAGGUGUUGGCGCGCGGAGAGAAGCUGGAGCUGCUCACGGACAAGACGGAGAACCUGAUGAAUGAGGCUGACCGUUUCCAGCGGCAAGGGCGGCAGCUGCGCCGCAAGAUGUGGUGGCAGAACUGCAAGAUGAAGAUCGUGGUGGCCUUCGCCGUCAUCCUGCUGGCGCUCGUCAUCUUCCUGCUCGUCUGCUUCUCGGGAGGAAACUGCCUCAAGCACUAGAAGCAAAGCUGGAAUGGCCGCGCUAUGUGUCGUCUGGUUACAUGUCUGGAUUAAGAAGGGCAUCUCGAACUGCUCUUAAUGUCGUUGCUUGACGCGGUGGGGAACAGGGCGUAUAUAAUAGUGUUUGACGGGGCUUAAGGGUGGGGAGAGGGUUGGAGGGGCCUGGGCCUGACCUGUCUUUGGUUAGAAGACGGGUUGUCCCUUACAGGGAAGCGGUUGAAGUGCAGUGUCAUGAGUAACGUUCAGGACUAGCUUGUGUCUGGCUGGCGUGGGUUUCGCUUAAACUGUUCGUCGUUAUCCAGGACUGGUCAGCCAUAUGGGGACAGUGCCAGGCCUACAGGUGCUUAUGUGGCACGUCUGUCAGGUGGUCCGGGGGCAUGGCAGCGGUGAGCUGUGAUUACUGCCAGCGAGCGACGUUUUCUUUCUAAUAUGGGUCUGCCAUAGAGCACUUUGGCUACGGGGUCCAGAGUCGUGCUCAUGGCCGUCGUCAAAGUCGAGACGAGGUGACCGUUCUCAACCGCGUCUUAUAUGCAGCGCAGGUGCAUGCUAAUUACAAAUGCUUAGAGAAAGGUUAGCUCAGCGCCGGAGUCGCUUGCUUUCCUUUUUGGCGAGUACUGUUGUCGUACGUUCUGCCCCUAUGCAUUUCCCUGUCUCUUUGGGCCGGUUACAUCACACUGCCAUCUGGGCAUACGGUGAUCCUUUAGGGCUGAAAACAAUCUACGACUAACUGAUAUGCAACUCUGUAAAAGUGUGG